UUUAGAGUUUCUUACUAUUGGAAGAAAUCAAUAUCAGAAAAAUAAACAAAAUUGAUGAAAAUACACAAUUAGUUAUUAAUAAAAAUAAUCAAAUCAAUUAUAUCCAUAAUAAUACGAAUUACAAUAAUAGCGAUGAAAUAAUAGACAAUUAUAAUGUAAUUGUUAGUGAAAUGUCAGCCAAUUGGAAAACAGAAUCGACAGAAUCGACUAUAAAACACAUCUCAAUGAAUGCAAAAUCCGGAGAUUUAGUUGUGGUUAUCGGACCCGUAGGCGCCGGAAAGACAACAUUUUUGAUGUCACUGUUGAAUGAGUUGUCCAUAACUGGAGGUUCGGUCGCAACGAACGGAUCCAUAGGUUAUGUAUCGCAGGAGUCGUGGGUUUUCAACGCAAGUGUUUUACAGAAUAUUCUGUUCGGA